AUGGCGGAUCGAGGAAGUUUGCUGCGGAGGAUUCUGAGAAGCAUCAAUCAGCAACUUCCCCGGCCAACGGUGGCGGAAUUUCGAUGGCGUACUCGCCCCUCUGUUAUACGACCUAGGCCCGCUUCGUGCAUUUCGUCUCUCUUCCUCCACUGGCGCCAAUACUCCACCGAAUUGCAACAUCACAUGUCCCCUGAACUCAUGAAACUUAUGGAGCAGAGAUUAUCAGCCAUUGAAAAUAGGAGUGAUCAUCUUCAUCAAAUUGUAAACCAGCCGGAAGCCUCGCCGGAAGAAUAUUCGAGGGCAAAUAAGGAGCUGCGGAAGCUUAGAGAUGUAGCUGAACUUAUAACUGAUUUAAGGGCUAAACAGAAGGAGAUUAAUGAUUUGAAAUCAGUGAUAGCUGACUGUCAAGAUGAUAAAGACAUGAAAGAGAUGGCAUCUGAAGAAUUGGAUCAAGCGAUGGCAGAAGAGAAGAGAUUACAAUAUCUUCUGCUGAAACAUCUACUUCCAAAGGAUGAUGCAGAUGAACGUGACUGCAUUUUGGAAGUAAGAGCUGGGACUGGAGGGGAGGAGGCUUCUCUAUUUGCAAUGGAAAUUUUUAAGAUGUAUGAAAAGUACUCGCAGAGGAGUGGAUGGAAGUUUGAAGUGAUUGAUGUUGCACAGUCAGAUCUUAAAGGAUACAAGGAAGCUAGCGCAUCAAUAUCUGGUGUCGGUGUAUAUGGGAAACUUAAAUUUGAAAGUGGAAUUCACAGAGUACAGCGGGUUCCUGUGACAGAGAAGUCUGGGCGUCUACAUACAAGUGCUGUGUCAGUUGCAAUACUCCCUCAGGCAGAUCAGGUUGAUGUGCAGCUGAGGAAUGAAGAUCUAAAAAUUGAUACGUAUAGAUCCGGUGGCUCAGGUGGUCAGCAUGCCAAUACUACUGAUAGUGCUGUAAGGAUCACUCACAUUCCCACAGGGAUUACCGUUACCAUACAGGAUGAAAGGUCUCAACAUAAGAAUAAAAGCAAAGCACUCAAAGUAUUGUGUGCAAGACUUUAUGAAAUGGAAAGAUCAAGACUUCACUCAAUUCGAUCACAGUUCCGAUCUGAGCAGAUUGGUAGUGGGGAUCGAUCUGAACGCAUUCGCACGUACAACUUUCCGCAAGGGCGUGUAACUGAUCAUCGUGUCGGGAUCACUAGUCAUUCCAUCGAUGACAUGUUGGAAGGGGAGAGUUUGGAUACUUUUAUUGAUGCUUUACUUCUACAGCAGGAGAUGGACGCCAUUUCAUCUUUCGUCUCAUCCGAGUAG